AUGGAACUGACUGGAGAAGAGUCUAAGAGAAUUUUGAGGCGAAUUGGUACGGUAGACAUUUGCUAUAAAUAAUUGGUUAUAUAUUUUCUUACUAUCAUGUUAUCAAUUAUUUAGAGCUUGAAGCUUAUUCAGCACUGGUUACUGCUUUAAGAGCUCAAGGCGAACUAGACAGGUAAUGAAAUUAUAACUAAUUUAAACGUGUUCUGCCCAUUCACUAACUGAACUGGCAAUUGUCCGUGCAAAAGUAAGUGCAUGUGCAGUUACUCACACAUUGAUUAAUAAUGGUCGGUCAGCUUUGCGAUGUUGACAUUGAUUGGUUGUUCUGAUCACUUCCCACACGACCAAUCAUAAUUAAGUGUCGGUAAGCAGUCCCAACGAUCCAUGAACCGAACAUUUCUUGGACCUGUGGAUAGUGUUCUCGAAUUUUCUGCAUGUCUUGUACCAUAAACGUUUGUUACCUGUUAUAGCGAAGCCAAGAAAAUGUUGUGUCUAUUCAAAUGAAUCAUUUUAUCUGAUCGGCCAACAUGUCCGUAUAUGCAAAAUUAAUCGGUUUUAAAUUAAUUUUAAAAGAAUAAAUGAAAUUAAGUGUUUUUGUUCGUCAAAUAGCCGAUUGCUGACCGUUAUAAAUCCACACUACUGGGAGUCGAACCAACUGUCUCUGGUUUAACAUAGGGCUCCGACCACUGAGCUCAAUAGCGAUUAUAGCCCUAUGUUAAACCCCAUGAAUCACCCGAUUAAGACACACAGAAUUAUUAUGCAUACACUCAACGUGGGAUAUGCUCUUUAAAAUGAUCUAGGAUUAAGUACUAUUUAAAACACGAGAAGGAGUGUUUUAUAUUUAAAACACGAGAAGGAGUGUUUUAUGUGUUUUAUCAUAUUUAAAAGGCGAGGCGCAGCCGAGCGUUUUAGAUAUGAUAAAACGCGAGUUCGAGUGUUUUGAAUAGCUUAAAAUACGACUACAAAAGAAUACUAAUUAGGAUGAACAAUUAUAUAAUCAUACUAAUUAGGAUGAAGAAUUAUAUAAAGAAUACUAAUGAAGAUGACUUUUAUCAGAUGUAAAGUCACUCCACGUGACAUAUUAUGGCUGACAUGAUUUGCCACAAGGUUUAUGAAUUUUUAAGGAGUAUUUUAAUGUUAUUUAGUAUAUAUUAAUUACAUUGUUAAAUAUUACGUUUUAUUUCGAAAUUUGAAAUUUGUAGACGAAAGAAGAGACUCCUUCGAGAGUUAGGUGAACAGUUAAGGUAAGUAGUCUCUUGCAGUAAAAUGGCAAUCAUUUCUAAAAUUAUCUACUGCCUCUUUACUAAUGUUUUUCACAUCAUUUUUCGUAGUAUUUCUACAGAACGACAUCGAGCUGAAAUUCGUCGAGCCAUUAGUGAUGAUCGUUUAUCUAUGAUUGCAGAAUGGUGAGUUUGCUAGUUACGCUCUCUUGGUAUUUCUCGAAAACUAACCAAAGUUCGACCCGGAUUAACUUUAGUCCCAAACCGCAUUCGACCAGGAUUAGUUUUAACCCUACUUCGGAAGUGAGUUGAAACUAAUCCGGGUCGAACCUGGCUUACUUUUCGUGUUAAUCGAACUUAACUCUCUUGCAUAAAAAGAGAUUUUGAUUACAUUGAUAUCGAAGGAACUAUUAUUAAUAUCACAUACUCGAACCGACCUGACCGCGUAGCUCAGUUGGCAGAGCAUUGGGCUAGUAUUCCAAUGGUCGUAGGUUGACUAGGUUCGAUUCCCACCGUUGCCAGGCAUAUUUUUCAAGCCUGCCCGGUGUGGAUAUACACUCAGAGUAACAUCACAAGCAUCAUAUUCACCUGAGUACAUUACACCAACACAGAAAAAUAUCAGUAUAUUCAUUUAAGAAAACAAAAAACUAAACACGUGAACAUACGUGAACAAAAACUGCACAACAGAGCCAAUUAAACACUUUAACUAAUGACGGCCACGCCUUUCCCGUUAAACCAGUUUUCCGUCUGGUUGUUGCUGUCGCGACCAUGUCAGAGUGACAGAUAUACUACACUAUACAUUCUCAUUAUAUCUCUGCAAUAAAUGAAGACUGUAAUAAGUUCUUUGUAGGUUUGCAUGGCGAUAAAACAUAUAAUACUAUUGUUUGUAGAAACACCACGUAAAUUUAUUACUGCAAAGCUUUCGAUCCGUAUAUUAUUAGCACUGAUGAAGGUUUCAGUGGUUUGCAUGCAUCAAACACAAAAGACGUGAUAUGUCGAGACUAUUUCACGUCCGUGACCAUGACUAGAUUACAACAUCAGGAUCUUAGCCAGGAUUUUAGAUUUUGAGGUAAAUUUCCAGAACGUGUACAAUCAUAUGUAUCUGUGAAUUAGCGUGUUCUCUAAUGUGUUACGACCAAAUAUGAGGCCAACAUGAGCUCAUAUUUCACACACACACCAGCACGGCCUUAUAAAUAAGACGCUGGACGAUAACUGAGAUCAAAUGGACACGUACAGUAUUAGAACUUAUUUUUUCUCAAUCAGUGUGUGUGGAUCUGAUGCAAGUGUGGAAUGGGAAUCAGAAGGCAGGCGGGUUGUUCCAUUAAUGCCUCGUCUUGUACCUCAAACAGCAUUCGCGGGCUCAGCUACAGCAGCGGCGAAUCACGCUGCUAGUGUGAACGCCACGAUUUCUUCAACAACGAAAGGUGAGUGUUAUUAACACUUCAAUCUAUUUCUUGUUUUCCACACUCAAGAAAGCUGCGAGUUGAGAGGGAUACCUGUAAAAUACAAGUACAGGGUGUCCAUGGACCUUGAAAAUCCUGGAAAAUCCUGGAAAAAAUUCCAGGACUGGAAAGUCCUUGAAAAUCAGUAGAAGUCCUUGAAAGUCCUGGAAUUACUUUACUUAACCUCCAGCUGUGCUAACAUUAGUGAUUUUGAUUAAAAUUACAGAAUAAAAUGCUUGUGAUGUUACUCUGAGUGUAUAUCCGCAUCGGGCAGGCUUGGAUAUACACUCAAAGUAACAGCACAAGCAUGUUAUUCACUUGAGUACAUUACACCAACACAGAAAAUAUUACGGAAUAAAGUUAAUUAUUGACGGCAAAUCCGUGCCAUUUUCAAAGCCCCUGAAAAAGGGCCUUGAAAGUCCUGGAAAAGUCGUUGAAUUUCACCAAAGGGUGGACACCCUGCAAGUAAAACUUGGACGUCUCGUGCGAAGGCCCUUCGGAAGGAAGUUUAAUUUCCUUGUAUUUUUCAGGCAGUUGAAUCUCAAUCUGCAGUUUUCAGGUGUUUUUGUCACGACUUCCCCUGGCACAGACCGUUCGCGCUUAUUUCCACAUUCAAGCACGUCUUGUGCCUCAAACUUCGUUCACAUUCUUUACUAUCGCAGCGCCCAAUCACACUGUAAAUUAGACUCCAAUAUCCCUUCAACAAUUUCUCAAAGUGCUAUCUACAGUAGAUGGUCAACUAUAUGUCGAACUGCUUGUAAAAUGCUGAAUGUUUUUAAGCCAAUAAAAAAGGUCCAAAAUAUCGUCGCCUUAACAUCUUAAAAAUAGAUAUAAUUAGUUUCUACUUGAACCAGCUUUUUCCAACAUUUUACUGUUUUUUCACUCGGUCUUUAGUAUCACUUCAGACGUUUUUGCCAAAAUGUCAGUAAACAAUGAGAUAAUCUUAAAUUACUGAAAACUGAGCUUCCUAAUAUGUCUUCGAACUUGGCAAGCUUGUGUUACUGUAAAUCAACGUUUUUGGUAGCUAGUGUAUAGAAGUUUUCCAUAAGGCAUUCAAGAAUAUCUCAAGAAUAUGCUCUGUGAUAAAUAACAGCUCAACAUUUUGUUCAUUCAACUAACAAAAUGUGUUGAUGCAGGACGAGUGAAGGACGAUGACGAGGACUACAGAUCAAGAAAGCGUCAGAGAACAAGCAGUCAAGGAAGUGUCCAGGUAACUAAACCUCACCACAUUUGGUUAUUCUUCGUGAACAGUAAUUGUCGAUAGCUAUAUACUGAUUGGAUGAUGCGAAUAAACUUGUUGUUAUCUAGAAAGUGAUUGUAUCUUCUGCUACUAAAACAUCAACACCAACAACAACAGUUCGAAGCAACAACACAACCAUGGCAAAAGAUUCUUCGCGAUUUAUAAAAACACCAACAUUACCUGUUAAACAAGACAGCACUCAACUCUCAUCCAUGAAAAUGACGUCAUCUGGUGGUGUGAGCUCUAAGCCAGUCGUAUUAGGAGGAUCUAAAUCGUCAUCAGUCUCAGUGGCGCCAAGUAAAUAUGUUGCUCCACUGCCUGCUAGUUGUUUACAGGUAUGUAGGGUUUGUCAUGUGCUUCAAAAUGUACGAGUAUAGUGUAUGCGUCAUACAUGGGUGUUUUUAACAUUUGGUGGUUUUAACUUUAAAAACUGACCUUGUGUUAAGUGGCAAAUAGAUUAUACACUUAAUGUCUAGUGUCUACUCUGUUUUGCGAAGCAAGGUUGACGGAAACAUUCGAAACAAAAGAACUUCCUUCGUGAGUAGACAUUCAGUUUUGUGUUAUAUAGCGACGAAGGAAAAAUAAACAACAUCCACACAACUAUUUCAUUAAAAAACUCUUUAAUGCAUAUUAUUUUCACAAGAAAAGAACCUGCUAAAAAGCGUUUCAGCAGCAUUCCUUGUUGCCUGCUGAGAAUCUGUGUUCUUUUCGUAAACUGGAAAAAAGUUAUUUCUAAACUUUUGACUACAUUUUGUGCUUUAGAGAGUUUACGAUUCAUUUUUUUUCUGCGCCCAGUCCUUCACGGCGACUUGGCCAAACACGUGUGAACGCAUGCGACGGCGGCGUCCUCAAAUCCCGCCAUUUCGUAAACGCUGUAGUUCUGUAGGCAGCACGUCGGAGCGGGCAAUAAUUUUUUGCAUUAAAACAAAGCCAACCUAACCACAAAUCGGGCAGACACAAGCCACAGUUCCCUUUGAGAACAGCCCUUUCAAGCCGUGAGAACGUGUAUAGCGCAAAAACGUUAAAACAUUAUACCAGGGCGCUUAUAUAUAUAUAUAUAUAAGCGCCCUGCAUUAUACCAUGAUAAGUAGCGUUGUUCUUUCCUCAACUGAAAUAUACUGUUCUAUUUAGGCGCAUGCAUCCGUGGUGAGUGGAAACAAGAACAGAAUGAAUCUAAAUGUUGUGAAACCAAAACCAGCCAAACCCAAGUUUAAAUCAUUAGCAGGCUCGAUGAAAAUGAAACCUGCCUCUACAGGAUCUAGUGUGGGAUCUUCUGUUGUUCAGACUGUAGCACAGUCAUUGCUCUCUAUAGCAAAGACCAAAGGUAAGAACUUCCGUGGGUGUACAGGACAGAGGGGACUGUUGAGGAGGAGGGUUCUGGGGGUCAGUACAACCCAUACCUGUUUCAACAGGAUCUAGUCUGAACUCUUCUGUUGUUCAUACUGUAGCACAACAGGAACUAAACUGUUUCACAUUAGUGAUUAUGACUUGGUCAUUACAGUGAGUCACCUCCAGAUAGAAACCAGGUUUAUUUUAGUGUUGUUCUAUUUGUAGGUUAUGAGGUGGCAAGUUCAACAAGUAAAACAGUUCAAGUUGCAAGAAGCACAUCAACUAUAACUGUUGCUCCGAGAAGUUCUAUUUCUUUAACAACUUUUAAAACAACCAUACAACCAAAACCAACCACUCAGGUUUGUAUUCAGAAUUUGUUCAUGGCGAGUCCAUGGGUUUUGUAGUGAACAUUUUUCAAGUAAAGUUUUAAGUCUUUGUUUGCAAUGACGUCAUUUUGAGAUUUCAGUUGACGGGCAGGUAUAACAAAAAGCGGCUAUUUUAAUGCAUUGAUCGAGUUUAGAGACAGUUUAAGACUCAAAAGAUGAAUUGCCGUUCAGUUUUUCUUGCUACAACCAUUCUGAUAGGAGAAAAAUCUUACACAAGUUGUCUGAUUGCCCGUCAUUUGGAUGAAAAGUCACGUGAUUGCAAACAAAGAAUAGAAUGGACCUUUCCCCUUAUAACUAAAAUUUCGAUCUAGACAAAAAUUUCAUCACAGUUUGAAAGAGCAUCACAAAAUUAGUAAUGUUCCAAAGUUUUGUUGCAAAAUCUUGUAAAAUGCGGAUAAUAUAGCCUUGCGAAGUUUGCCGUUUUUCAGUCAUUUUGUAUUACAAACGGGAAAUUGACAUCCGAUUCGGGUGUUGGGGCUGCAAUUUCCCGUUUGUAAUCUAAAAUGACUGAAAAUUGCAAACUUCGCAAGGCUCUAUUUUCCCCAUUUUACAACAUUUCGCAACGAAACUUUGGAAUAUUACUAAUUUUGCGAUGCUCUUUCAAGCUGUGAUGAAAUAUUUGUCUACACUUGCCUAAAUCAAAAGUUUGGUUAUAAGGGGAAAGGUCUAUUGUUGAACGACUACAGACUGAAAUAAUGCAACUUUCUCAGUGUUUCAGUCGGGUAUCCCAGUAGCUUAGCGGUCAGAGUGCUGCUAUUUAACACUUGAGACCAUGGGUUUGAUUCUCCAUUGGAACAUCGUCGUCCAUAAUCAUAUUCUUAAAAUUCGUAGUAUACAUGGAUAUCUCGCGUUAUUUCUGAGUGUCUUUGUCAGGCAUAGCUCCUUGGCGAGAGAGCAAUCUCGUACCCAGGUCCAUCGGUUAUUCUUUGGCUCUGCAUGGUACGAGAUUGAGCGAGGGUGCUGAUACGUUAACCCAGAGAGACCUUUGGUACAAUUUUCAGUUGAAAAUCAAUUUUGCUCAUGUGAUUCCACUGAAACUCACAAGUUAAUAUUUGUGUGAUUGGUUCAGUCUAGCCCGGUGCGUAAUGUCGAAGGAAUAUCCCGGCCAACACAACAUGGCAAGGCAGUGUCAGUAUCAAGACGAACAUUACCUCCUAUACUUCCCAAAACAAUUCCUCCUAAAGCUCUUGUCUCCUCACCAGGUCGGAAACUUGCCCCUAUAUUGCCUGCUCCUGCGAAAUCUACGUCAUCGUCUCUCCCCAAUCCCCUGAUUGUACCUGUGGUUGUUAGUUCUGGCUCGUCACCAAUCCCCAUAGCUCCAUCACCCCGUCCACCUCAACCGUACACUCCAGGUUUGACGAGCUCAGUUAUGAAUAAAGUAACGACAGUUUCCAUGGUAACUGGACAGAGUUCUGAUUUGAAGAGGUAUGAUAGGGCAUUUUUUCUACACAAACACUGAUGAUUUUUCUUUCGGAAAACCAAAUGACAUGUUCAUUUUAGCUAAAUUUUGCCUGAAAAAGAUCGUUUCUAAAAGUGUCAAAUGCAUUUGAGCAGCAUGUGUGGCAGCAUAAGAAAAAUACUUACGGAAAUUUAGCUGCCGACGUCUAUAUUUGAACUACUGUACCUGCAAAUAUGUUUCGCCGCGUCGAGCGAAAGCCGGAGAGUUAAUAGUGUAGAGCACCUAACAUCCACGGUUUUUCUAGGGGGGUGCUGGGUGAGCAGCCGAGUGUUUCUUUAUGAUUCUUUAGGGGGUGGUGGGAGAUCAUUCAAAUGAAUUGGCUUCCUAACGACUUGAGCGCCGAAGGCGCAAGCUCCCUAGGGGGUCCAGGGGUAUGCCCCCCGGAAAUUGUGAAAAUUAGAACCCUAGAAAUGCCAUUUCCUGCGAUAUGAACAUUGAAUUAUGAGCUUUAGUUCACCUUCAGAAAAGGAAAAACCUUGGAAAUUAUGCCAUAUUUCUGAAUUUGAUUUUUUUGCACCCCCCUUGCACCCCUGUUGACCAAGGCCAACAGGGGUGCGUACCCCUGUGCCCCCCCCCCCCUAUAAAUCCACCCCUGUGGCCGACUCCAAACCUCUUAAUUUUAUGACACGAUAAAAACGUUGUUAAAGGACAAAGUGGAUAAUUGACAUUUGGUCGUGGAUGCAGAGGUCACAAGCACUGCAUACAUUAAUUAACCACUGGACCACCAACCUUACCCAGCUGUAAUUCACGGAUAAAAGCACCAAGCACUAUCGUGCAACUAUGAUUUUAUUUCAUUCUAUGUACUGUUGUAUUUGGAGGCAAAUAAAUAGAAUUGCGAGAUUUUCUUACUCCUAUAAGUGUGAACAUUUCAGAAGUUGACUGUCUACUCUCUAAUACUCAAACUGUCAUAUCGAACAUGGAAUGAUGUUUGAACAAAUGUUUAUUUUCCAGAGACAAUCAAGAGACGUCCAUUGUUUCAUCAGAAGCAAAAUCUCCAGUUCUGUUGGGCAAAUCUCCUGCUGGCUCGCAAGACUCAAGUCCUAUGUCGAGCAAAUCGUUGGAUAAUAUUCAUGAAAGGUUUGUUUUAGUCGUUUUAUAGAGAAAACUGCAUGCUCAACGUGAAACAUCUUGUUGUUAUUUUUGUUUGUUUUAUUUGUGUUUGUGUUUUGUUUUGUUUUUUUAAUUUUGUUUUUUAAACUUUUAUUAAUUAAGGACCCACAGUAAUUGGUAGUAACCGUUGUAGUGCCCGGUUGUUUUUUUCUGUUUUUUCUUGUCGUUGUCUUUCAUAUUUACAUGUUUUGUUUGUUUGUUUGUUUGUUUGUUUGUUUGUUUGUUUGUUUGUUUGUUUGUUUGUUUGUUUGUUUGUUUGUUUGUUUUUUUGUUUGUUUGUAAAGAUCUUUAUUAGUCAGGAAACUAUACUCACAAAAGUAGUAUUUAAAACACAAGGAGUGUUUUAUCAUAUUUAAAACGCGAGGCGCAGCCGAGCGUUUUAGAUAUCAUAAAACGCGAGUUCGAGUGUUUUGAAUAGCUUAAAAUACGACCACAAAAGAAUGCUAUUAGGAUGAACAAUUAUAUAAUCAUACUAAUUAGGAUGAACAAUUAUAUAAAGAAUACUAAUGAAGAUGAGUUUUAUCAGAUAUAAAGUCACUCCACGUGACAUGUUAUGGCUGACAUGAUUUGCCACAAGAUUUAUGAAUUUUUAAUGAGUAUUUUAAGUGAUUUUCAGAUUGGUCCUGACCAAUUUACAUUACAAAUUUUGGUAUUACAUGUAUAAUGUACAUUUAGACAACGUUAAUUUUUGCCUCGCGAAGCUUUAUAAAUAAACAACUCGUGGUCGAUCACAAAAUCUGUGGUUUGAGUUGGCUGAGACUCAGUUGUUCUUGUCAAGUAUACCACAAAGACAUUUAAGUUAAUCAUGGUGUCUUUAAUCGUUUAUCGUGCUACUUCUGUUAUUUUGUAGAGAAGCACUGUCACCUGUGAACGAGAUUUUAACUCUUGUGACAUCACCAUCAAGUGUUCCAUAUGUCCCUUCAUCACCCGUGAAAUCCCUUCCUACCCGUACACUUACUUGCGGUGAAAUCUCACUGGAGUGUGACGAGAACUUAUUGGAGGUAAAUACAGUUGUUGUUCCGAGAUCGUGUGUAACUAGGGAUGAAUAAUUGUAGAAACAUUGGUAGAUUAUUGUUAAUUCUGGAUUAAAAUAUAACUCACAGUUUAGAUGUAUAAUGUAAUGUAUAAGCUUCCCCAUGAGCCCGUUAUAUACCUCGGAGAGUUACAAUAAUCCUCUUGAGUUGUUUUGAAUUUGAAAUGAGUGACUUGGUAAUAUAUUAUUUGAGUUCAUCUUUGUUAAGUUUAGUAAGUACAAUCCUGGUUAAAACAUUCCUCUGUUGAUUUUUUGACUAUUACACAAGAAUAAUUUACUUGAUCCAGACAAGAUUUUUGGAAGAAACAUUGGCAUGGUUAUAAACAUGGGCACUUCAAGUGCCGUUAUGUAGAACAACCUACAUUCAAGAACUCUUACUUUAAUCGAACAGUUCAUUUAUGGAACUCAGUAUGUAGAACUGCAUCACCUAAUAGCUUCGUGACAUUAUUUACUUUUAAGAACUUUCUUCGUCGGACUUAUUCGUUUUUACGUAAUUCAGUUUUUGGCGUAGACAUGCCCAUGUCACAGAAAUUAAAAUAAUGUAAAGUUCUUUGAUUGAAGUAAAGUUCGUUUCAUGUACAUGCCCAAGUCACAUGUUUUCAAAACCAAGUUAGUUUCUGUACAAUUUUUCCAAAAUCUGCCAUUUACGUAUUUGAGAGAUCAGUUGUGGGUUAUGCACAAAUCGAGCUUUACCUCAACUAUAAUUUAUAGUGUAUUAUAAAAUAACCUUUUAAUAACGCCUGUGCUGAUUGGUUGAAAAGCGAAAAAUCCCGUGUUUCUAUAACGCUAUAGAACACUGGAAUUUUCCACGAACCUCAAAACAACACACUAAAACAAACAUUUCCCCCUGAAAUAUCGAUUAAAAAUCUUCGUCAACCUGAAAUUUUGUUAAACAAGCAAUGGAAAACACUUACCAAACGUUUUUUCGCUUUAAAUUUUCUUUAAAUCAACUUUUUCAGCGUGUUUUUCUCCAUAAUUUUGCAGUCGGCAAAACUGAAAAUUGAUGCCGGUAUUGUUUGCUAGGCAACAUUUUCUUGUUAUUGUGUAAUGAGAAUAUACUUUUAAAAAGAAAAUAUUGUUUUUGUGUUAUUAUUACAAGGUUAUUUAAUAAAGGAAAUAGAAAACAUUUUUUUCCUGUGUUUCUAUAGAGUUAUAGAAACACUUGUGCUAGUUUGGGAGAACUCGAAAUAACGUGGAAACACUCGCACUACGUGCUCGUGUUCCCACUGAUUAUUUCUCGUUCUCCCAAACUAGCACGCGUGUUUCUAUAACUCUAUAGAAACACGGAAAAUGUUUUCUAUUUCUUAAAUGUAAAUAUAAUUGUAAAGUUUAUAAGGAGGUGCCUCGCAUGGGCUUUUUCUGACCCGUUCGCACUUUUUUUCCUUUUGGGCAAUACCUAUUUAUUGUUAUUGUUGUUAUUUGGGCAACACCUAUUUAUUGUUUUGAAAGUUUUGUUAACCUACGAUUAAACUAAACGGCGUUCGAACAACCGACCCCCAUGGGCCUGAGUCUCUGAUGUGCUUUAUAAUCCUAAAUUUUAAACUAUGAAAUAUCUUUCCUAGGACUUUAUUAAAGACGAUGAUAUUGAAGUCAGGAAACGAACUCAAGUGUCUAAGUCCAUUUUUUCGCCAACACAAGACAACACUGAAUCAAGGAAAGAUGUUUUAACAUCAGAUCUUGAUCUUAUACAACAAACUUUACAAGACUUCGAGCAGGAGACCAACUUAACUCACGUUGGACAUUCAUUGCAAGAAUUAAACAAAAGUAACCCUGAAACUGGGAAGGAAGACACAUCAAAACCUAUCGAUCUUUCCCCUUUAGUUAAUGAACUUAUUUCCAGCAGUCCUUUUGAUGUUGAUAAGAAGGAAUUUGAAGACCUCGAUCCUUCUAAUCUCAUACAAACCAGUACUGUUGGUGAUGAUAUUGUUGCUGGUAAUAGUGAUCUGUUUGUUGGUGAAUUGCCUGUGUUAGAUUUAGAUAGUGAUCUUACUCUUUCCGAAAUAAUCAAUUCAGAUGUUGGAGAUAUAGUUUCAGCGAGCACUGCAGUGGAAAAAGUUAUUGAACAGUUUAGUCCUGUUGAUGUGGACACAAUUGAUGGUGUACUUCAACAAGAGAUGAUGGACUUGCAGGAAUGCACCACUAAUUUAUCAAAUAAAACUAAACAACAAGAAUUUGUUGAAAUGAAGAAGGAUGUUAUUUCUCAAGCUGAAGACGUGUCUUCUGACAGAAAGCAAGAAGUUGAAUCCAGUCCAAAAGGUUUAAAUAUAACAGAACAAGUGAAUGAAUUAUCUUCCUUCCAAGAUACUGCAAGCUCUGAACAAAAUGUUAGUUUAAAAGAUAAACUGGGAGACAAUGUUGUUGAAACAGGCGAAAAUGUUGAAACUUUAGAUGAACAAACAUUGUUGAAAAAGUCAAAACAGGGAGAAACUGAAUUCCCUGAUUUUCCAAAUAAUAAUGGAAAUUUAGGUAGCGUUUCGCAAAGUAAAAACGACGAUGUCAUUUCAGUUAGCACAGUAGAUGCAACAUCAGGAAUAUCCCAAGAUACUAGAAAUACUUCAGAUAAAGAACCAGCAUCUAGUGAGUCGUGUAGUAGCGGAAAUACAUCCAGUGAAAAUAUAAAAACAACUGAGAACAAACAAGAACCAGCUGUUUCUGAAAGUAUUUUGGGAAGCGAAGUAAAAAAUCGAGAAAAUCAAGUUAAUACCGUAACGACAGGCGAAGAUGAAACAAAUGAGAUGAUCAUAUCCAGUACGCAAGAGAAAAGUAACCUGACAGAAGUUCUAGAUCAAGAUGCCACAUCCACCACAACACAAGCGAAGAAAAGUAACCUGACAGAAGUUCUAGAUCAAGGUGCCAUAUCAACCACAACACAAGCGAAGAAAAGUAACCUGACAGAAGUUCUAGAUCAAGGUGCCAUAUCAACCACAACACAAGCAGAGGAAAGCUGUCAGACAACUGGAAGUGAAGAAAUUGAAGUCACACUAGGACACUUCAAUAAAGAUGAUGGAAAACAAGAAAAUAUUGACGAACAACUCAGUGGUUCAGAAUUUGUCUCUCCUGACGGAAAUCUUGUCCGUACAAGUAAUAGAAAACGUAAAGCUCCCCCACCUCGUGAUUUGUCUGUGCACCCCCCGGGAUGGGUCCGAAGUGCAUUACAGUAAGUGAUUUGGUUGAUUAUUGUAAUUCUACCACUGUUCUGGUAAUAGAGAGGUUCACAUUUGACUUGCACUACCUCCCACAUGCUUAGCACGCAUUUGAUUGGUUAAUCGGGUAGAUUAAGUGCAUCUGAUUGGACAAUGGUGUAACGGAAGUCCAAAUCUGAACCUGUUUAAUAUAAACACAAAACAUCGAGUACAACACGUGAGUGAAUUUGGUUGCAACGAGCAUAAACACGUGUCUCAAACGGUCUAUACUGGUUGUGGCAAUGAUAAGAAAACUGGGGAUUGAUACAUAAAAUAUGAUUGGUCAAUUCAAAUACAGAAAGUUAUGAACUUUUUAAGGAAAAUUCUUGAGGUAUUGAUCAGAGGAAUUGCUAUGUAAAUGAACUGAUCCACACUCUUCGGAACGCUUUUAUUGUCACGAUUGUGACUGUUGAGGUAUAUAGGAGUCGGGGAAUCGGGCUUAGUGUGAAACUAUGCGAGUCGACAUAAAUGUUGAUGAUUUAUAUUUAAUGUUUUUUAUUUUUUUCAUUUUAAGAUUGUUGCAAAAGGUCUCAAGAUUUCGUGGAAGUUCUAGAUCGAAAAAUGCGCGGAGUGCGGCUUCGUGGUUUUUAAAACCAGGUGCGUCUUUGCAGUUUUGAAACUGAUUUGUAAUGAUAUAAUAUUAUCUUCAUUUAGAAACGGCCUCUUGAAAAUCAUAAAAUAAGUAAAAUAAUUAAUUUCAAGGAUUAGUGUCACACCAUGGUAUUGCGGGCUCAAAUUCCGUUGGGGGUUAUUUUACGGGCCGAGUAAAUCAAAAUGGUAUAGAUCUAGGAAGGCUUUUGUAAUCCGUCAUAUAUUUAAACCACCCUUUGAGAACCCUUGCUUCUUUUAAUAUCUAAGUCUAAUUGGAAAUGCAUCAAACAACGUAUUUUUAUCGCCAUUUGUUGAUUUUGGGUAAGAUAAAAACAAUAACAAAAGCCCACGGUGCCAUGUUGUGACGCUAAUCAUCAAUGUGAAGCUAGCCUGAAAAGCAGUCGUUUUGGGCUAUUCUCGCGCGUUUCAAAUAAAACCCCUGAUUUGCAGGCUAAUGUGAAACUGACGUCCAGUAUCCUCGAGUUUACUUUUCACUUGGAAAAUGAGAGUUCAGUCAGACGUCAUGUAAGUAAGAGACACCGUCAACACGCUUCCUUUGCCUCGUUACCGCGUUUCCUCUAGCGUGUUUCACGUCUGAAGCAAACCAAAUCCCUGGGGGCGAAACUGGACCAAAAGUGACUUUUGACUUGUUCUCUAGAAAUCUGAACUUGCGACUGAUUAGUUGUUUCACACAAAUGUACACAAGAAAUAGAAAACAUGAAAAUUUAUCAAAGAAACUAAAUAUAUGUUGCUCCAUUUUUUAUGACACAGUCGCAACAUCAGAAGCUCCGGGUUAUUAUAAAGUUAUCAAAAAUCCAAUGGACUUUGGAACAAUCAAAACAAAAUUAGAGGUACAGUAUGCAAGAAAACAAUGAAGAGGUUUACAUUUGACUUCCACUACCACUAAGAGACAUUAACCAAUCAGAGGCGUUUGAUAUAUCCAAUGCAAUCUUAUCACUAAUUGGAGAAGGCUUUUGUAGAUGGAAAUUUCCAGUGUGAAUUUUAUACAUUUAUUAAACUUUACCAGGAGGCGAGAAAUGCAACUGUAGACCCAACCUCAAAACCCUGGGUACGAGGUUGCUGUAGACCCUCUGGUAGGCAAUCCUGAUAUUUCGUCACUCAAUCUUGUUACUCUAUAUUCUAGGCAAGUGAGUACAGCGCUCCAGCUCACUUUCAUCGUGAUAUGUUGUUAGUGAAAUCCAACUGUUCUAAAUACAACCCACCUGGGCAUGUCGUACGCAAGGUUCGUAUUAUGUGGAAAUAUCUUGAUAGUAUGGUUGUAUGUACACUAUGGUUCUAGUUUAUUUACGCUUUUAUAAUAACUUAACACGAAGGAUGUAUACUCUGAAGACAUUUAUAGUGAACGCGCGCCGGGAGUAUACAUUUUGCAUUCCUUCCCAAUGUGUAGUACCGCACUACUUAAUAGGACAAGUAUCUGAGAGUGUGGUUAUGAUGUAUACAAAAACAAACACAAAACUGUAAAGUAACUCGCUCUAAAUAACCUCAGGAACCAAUAUGUCAAUAUAGUCUACAAGCUUGUCUAAAAGUACGGAGAAAAACAUUCAUUAAUAUAGACCUUAGAAGUGCUUACGUCACGCAAUUUUUAAUGCAUAGGAUUUCUGGAAUACACAGUGCAUUGUGGGAUACUCAUGGUCAGCAAUUCAAUUGUUUGAAAAUUACGUGACGUAAGCACUUAUAACGUCCAUUGCCGAUAGAAUUUUCCAUCUUUAAUUAAAAUUAUUCAUUUCUUGUUUAGGAUUGUGAUGAAGUAUUUCAAUUUUACGAGGCGGAGUACGAGAGAUUUGUUGAAAAACUUGAUAAGGUAUGCGCAUGGCAUUAUUGGAUCACUAAAAUAAUAGAUAUUGCCAACUAGUUCUGGCUACUAUUGCCAUGCUACUGUUCAGAAAUUUUUCUCAACUGGAAACUGAACAUAACAGGAAACACCUCUGAAGAAACACUAUGUCAUAAAUGGUCAGAGAAAACAGACGGUGCUAGAGCCUCAGUAAGGAUUGUUUUGGUUGAUUACCAAAAAGCUUUCGAUUAUGUAGACCACACCAUCGUCCUAUCUAAACUGAAAUCCCUCGAAAUCCCUGAUUCCACUGUUAGUUGGAUUGCAGAUUUCCUGAGUGACAGACAACAACGAACCAAAUUGGGACACGACUGCUUUUCGGAGUGGGGGAAUGUCCCAGCUGGUGUCCCUCAAGGAACCAAGCUGGGUCCGUGGUUAUUUAUAUUGAUGAUAAACGAUCUAAAAACACGUGUUUAGACGAGGUAAAAUUCGUAGACGAUCUAACGGUAUAUGAAACAGUAACCAGAUUUGGUUCAAGUGAUAUCCACCUUUUCAGGUUGAAUGAAAACAAAUGCAAAGAAUUGCGGAUAGACUUUGCGAAAAAUAGAAAUCCCUUUCCCCCUAUUAAAAUUAAUGGUAAACCUUUACAAGUGGUGGAAGAAGCAAAAUUACUGGGUCUUACUAUCGCGAACAAUUUGAAGUGGAAUAGUCAUGUCAAUAACAUAGUGACAAAAAGUUCCAAAAGGAUUUACCUUUUAGUGCAGCUGAAACGAGCAAAAGUCGCGAUUCAAGAUGUUUUACAAUUCUAUACCGUAUGUAUCCGCCCCAUUCUGGAAUACGCUUCCACUGUUUUCCACUACUCUUUACCUAAAUACUUGAGUGAUGAAAUUGAACGAGUACAAAAACGGGUUCUUCGAAUUGUAUAUCCGAACUUACAUUACGAAGAUGCAUUGAUGGAAGCUUGGAUGAAGUCAUUGUACGCUAGAAGGCAAAUUGCUUGCAAUAAACUUUUUAAUCAAAUUUUAAAUAACCCGGACCAUAAACUUCAUAAUUUAAUCCCUAAAGUAGAUACUUCAUUAAAUUACCAAUUACGUAACAACAAGAAGAUACAUGUUCCGAAAUUCUAUACUGAACGUUUUAAGAAUUUGUAUGUCAUCGCUAGUUGUUUAGACAUAAAUAAUCGUAAUUCAACAAAUUUAAUAAUUUAGUGUUAGUUUUAAUAUUUAUAAUCUUCUUAGUAAGCCAUAGCAUAGGUUGUAAUUUUUUUAAAUGUAAUAUAAUUUAAUCGCUUACCAAUUCAGUAUUUGUACUGCAAAAAGUGAAUUAUUAAACAAUCUAUCUAUCUAUCUAUCUAUCUAUCUAUCUAUCUAUGAUACAUACAGAUUACACUCAUGAAUUUAUUUGAAUUGUUUAGAUAUAUUUGUCUGCACCAAAGAAGCAAAAGACAUCUCCUGUAUGAUGGAGAAGAUACUGAAGAACAAUUUUAUCAAGUCUGUUUUAAAGUAGGUUUCAAACAAGUAUGAGAGUGCAUGAGAGUUGACAGUCACGUGACCUUGGUCAGCUGUUCUUAAUGCGGAACCAACACUAUCAUGUAUUCUAUUGAAGUUUAAAAAACUCAUUAAUAAUUCAUGAGGAAAAUACAAAAGAAAUUAAUGUUUAAUCAAUGUUUGUAAAUCGGAUAAAGAUUUGUCCUGAUUUACAUAAACUUCAGCUUUGAUUUUCUCGGCUUAGACAAUGUUUAUUUUUAAAAUUACUUCGCCAAAAUGUUUAUUUUUAAAAUGUUUAUUUUUAAAAUUACGCCAAAAUGUUUAUUUUUAAAAUUACCUCGCCUUCGGCUCGAGUUUGUAUAUCAGAUAAAGAUCGGCUGCUCAUGUUUUAUGUUUCAGUUCUGUCCUCGCAAUUUUGAAAAGUCAUCGUAUAUGCAAUAAAUUGCCAUCGAUAUUUUACAAUUCGACAGCAGUUCGACGACAUUUCCCCCCAAAAUGACAAUUUUUUGAAGAUGCAUGCAUGUUAAUUAAUAGGUAAUGGAUUAUUUCAAACCUGGAUUGAAUGAAAGGAAGUUUACUUUUCGUUAAUGUGGUUGAUAAAUUCCUUUACAGCAUACGGUGAAUGAUAGGUGUUUGAUAAUUUAUUUUCAUUUGCCGCCGAAAAUUGCGAUGACUGCAAAGUUUUUCAACAUGUCUAUAAUUUUAUUCCACAUUUGGAGUUAAAUUCCUACUGGCAUUAACAGUGUAAUUGUUACUCUUGCAUAUCUUAAAUAUACAUGACAUGUCACAAUUUUGAUAACAAAAAUCUUGUUGCUUGUCAUGUGCAGAUAAUUUCAGGCUCACUACAACAACCUAUAAUAACUCUAGUACUAUCAACAAGCGUGUUACAAGAUGAAAGCAAAUAAGUGGCUUCUGAACGUGAAUUGUACUGUAAUAUACAUUAUAACUUUUUUGUGUGACAGUGUAAUGUUUCUUUAAUUUUUUUGUUACAUCCACGUUGAUGCUUAUACAAGUGCAAAUUCGGAACAAGCAAGUAGUACUUGUGAAACUCAUUAAUCAUUCAUGAAGAAAACACAAAGAAAUCAUGACCGUGAAGGAGGUUGUAUAUCUGAUAUAAAAUCAUGCUGAUCUCACCUUCGGCUCAAGUUUGUAUAUCCGACACAACACGGCCGCUCAUGAGGUAAAUUGUACUUGUAUUAAAGAGACCAGCCUGGGUGUUGAGAACGUAUUAAGAUAUAUACUGUGGGUUAAAAUGUUCUCCAUUGUCUCUCCAAGAUAAGAGUGAUUAAAGAAGGCCAACCGACACAGAAAAUCCUGCAUGUAUUUACGCUAAGUCCACACACUAAUCCGUUUUCAUAUUAUUUCAGAUAAUUACAUUGUUCUCUAUUCCCUUGUGAACGGAGAACAAGGCGAGAACGGAUUAUAGUGUGGACAUACCCUUGUAAAAGAACAAUGUUUAGUCCAUAUUUGAUCCAAUGAUCCGGUAUAUUAUGGGUAUUGUGAUUGCUACAUGAAUAUAAAUCUAUUUAGUGCUUUGUUGCCGAUUCUGCAAACUUCCAUGAGUUGAUUGGCGAGCAAGGCAAGAAUCUCGUCGUUGUUGAGGAUAUUUUGAGAUGUUAUUCAUGUACAACAUAUUCAUCUGCCAUUCUUCUUCCUGGAGGGAACAAAACAACAUUAUCAAUAUUUAGAAUGUUUAUUGUACAUUGUAAAUACCAGAGAGUAGAGGGCCUACUCACAAACCUCCGCCAGAAUCUAAUUUCAUUCCAAUAUCAUGCUCUUUUGCAAAUCCCGGAAAAACACAAAAUUGAAUUUCUCGUUCAAUUUUCACCCAAAUUAAUUUGAUCGAUUUGUCUUGACCAGCAGCCAUCAGUCAGCUUUACUAACUUUCAUAUUAAUUAAACAAACAAGCAAACAAACAAACAAACAAACAAACAAACAAACAAACAAACAAACAAACAAACAAACAAACAAACAAACAAACAAACAAACAAACAAACAAACAAACAAACAAACAAACAAACAAACAAACAAACAAACAAACAAACAAACAAACGGAUUUGAAAACAUAUCUUGGCGAAGGACAAACGAGAUUAAAUAUAUAGAGUAUAUUUACACGGCGGCGCGAAGAUAUGACUUUUAUCUUCGAGUGGUGAAAACAAUAUUGUUUUGUAAAAUAUUGUUUUUAACACGAGAAGAUAAAAGUCAUAUCUUCAAGCCACCGUGUAAUGUUCUGUUUAUUAUAUAGUCCCAAGCAAAAAAUUGUAUAAAUACUAAAAGUCACGUGAUCGAUAUCUUCACUAGUGAAGAUAUGGAAAAUAUGUCACUGUGUAUUUCUCAGUAUCUCACUCUCUACUAUGUAAUAAAAACCAAUACAGGAAUUAUACCAUCACAUAUGAAACAUACCCACUGCAAAUGAUUGUAGUGAGGUUCUUUCGACGUAAUUCUCUUCAAAAUAGCCUAGGAAUGAAAAAUGUUCAAUCUUCCCGCACAUUAGUCCAUAUUUUUAUUCUAAACCAAAAUGCAUUUGCUUGAGAAAGACGCGGGUAAUACAGGACUUUCAAUAGAUAACUUGAUUGCAUUCAUUUACAUCAUACCCUGUACCUGCAUGUUCUGAAAUUUGAGAUUUCGAAGGAUUACGUUGCAUCAUCCCUCGAUCAACUUUCGUAGCAUCCCCCCCCCCCCAUUUUUAGAAAGGGCUGCGGAGGAGUUAGGCUGCUCCUGACGAAGGCUUCGCAUUAAAUGGUAUUUUUAAUCUUUGUUAGGUAGUUCAGACACAAAUCAUAGAAC